AUGGCCCCGUGGCCCACGUGGACCCUGCAGAGCAGGCCCAGCCAACAAGGACUGCGGACUCCAGGGCGGAACAUUGAGGUAGAUGACCAGCAUUUUACCCCUUUAGCUGAGCUGAGCAAGCAUGAGCUGCACAGGUGUGUGAGUGCUUCGAAGAAAGACUUGUACCUCAUUGAUCCCCAAAUGGGAGGAGUCCCACCUGAUGGAAAGAACACCAAGCUGGGCCCUGCACUCUGGAGAUUUCUAUCACACUUAUCCUUAGCAAUAGCCCUGUGUGUUUCAUUGCCCCCAUUUCACAGAUUAGAUAACCAAGGUUCUCAGAGGUUAAAAAUUUGCUCAAGAUGCCAAAACUCGUAAGUGGAUAGUUUGAUGUCAAAGCCAACACAGUUAACACCAGCCCCCCUGCUAGCCCCUCAAGACCACUUAAUUCUCUCAACCUUCUACCAUGUGAGCUACAGACCCCAGCCCCCAGUACCCCGUGAUCCAGCACUGUGGCCAGAGUCCACUCUGAUUGAUUGCAAAUUCAAUUCUAGAAACGUGGGGAGGCACACGGAGAAGGAGAGGCAUCUUAGGACAGUCAGGCAAGACCGGUGA